AUGGCACAGACAAAUGGCGACGGCCCACACGCUGGCCCAAAGGGCCGCUUCCUCUUCACAUCCGAGUCCGUCGGCCGGGGUCACCCAGACAAGAUCGCUGACCAGGUCUCCGACGCCGUCCUCGAUGCUUGCUUAGCAGAGGACAAGGCCUCCAAGGUUGCCUGCGAGACUGCCACCAAGACCGGUAUGAUCAUGGUCUUCGGUGAGAUCACCACCAAGACCAGACUAGACUACCAGAAGGUCAUCCGUGAGGCAAUCAAGGACAUUGGCUACGACCACUCGGACAAGGGUUUCGACUACAAGACUUGCAACGUGCUCGUUGCCAUUGAGGAGCAGAGCCCAGAUAUCGCUCAGGGUCUUCACUACGAGAAGCGUCUGGAAGAGCUGGGUGCCGGUGACCAGGGUAUCAUGUUCGGUUAUGCCACCGACGAGACCCCAGAGAUGUUGCCAUUGACCCUUUUGCUCGCACACAAGCUCAACAAGGCAAUGGACGACGCAGCAAAGGACGGCAGCCUCCCAUGGCUCCGACCUGACACCAAGACCCAGGUCACCAUCGAGUACGAGCACGACAACGGUGCCGUUGUACCAAAGCGUGUUGACACCGUCGUCGUCUCUGCCCAGCACAGCGCAGACAUCACCACCGAGGUCCUCCGAAAGGAGAUCAAGGAGAAGAUCAUCAAGAAGGUCAUCCCAGCCGAGCUGCUCAACGACCAGACCGUCUACCACAUCCAACCAUCCGGUCUUUUCAUCAUCGGUGGCCCACAGGGUGACGCCGGUCUGACCGGCCGUAAGAUCAUCGUCGACACUUACGGUGGCUGGGGAGCUCACGGUGGUGGUGCUUUCUCCGGAAAGGACUACAGCAAGGUCGACCGAUCGGCUGCAUACCUCGCUCGAUGGGUCGCCAAGUCUCUCGUCCACUCCGGUCUCGCACGCCGCGCCCUCGUCCAGCUCUCGUACGCCAUUGGUGUUGCCGAGCCACUUUCCCUCUUCGUCGAGUCGUACGGUACCUCCAGCAAGUCCUCUGAUGAGCUCGUAGAGAUCAUCCGCAAGAACUUCGACCUCCGACCAGGUGUCAUCGUCAAGGAGCUCGACCUCGCCACCCCAAUCUACCGCCAGACCGCCAUGAACGGCCACUUCACCAACCAGAACUUCGCUUGGGAGAAGCCACGCAAGCUCAACUUUUAG